GUGAAAACGUGUAUCUCGGAGAGAGCACGAUUGUUUGAUACUUUUACAAUUUGCCUCCGCGCGCACUUAAUUAAUCUGAUCGUUGCGGGACCAGUAGCUAGCUGCUGCACGAGAUUAGUGCGCGGAGGAGUUCAAGUGUCGGUAAAUAUUUAGACAUCGAACUGCAGCAAAAUGAUAUUCCCAAACAACAAGGGAAAAAACAUGCUGCUACUGGCAGCUGGCACGCUUCUUGGGCUAGCCAUACUGUCGGUCGCCGUCAUUUUCGUCCUGCACGAGCACGAAUGGGAUCCCGAACAGGCCGGGGCGGUUGCUUCCAACGGGUACGAGUGCGCCUCAGUCGGUGGACAGAUUCUUCGCGAGAAGGGUUCCGCUGUGGAUGCGGCCAUCGCCAUGAUGAUCUGCGAGGAAGUUGCGUGUCCCGAGAGUGCCGGGAUAGGGGGAGGUUUCCUGGCGACGGUUUAUCAGCGUGACACGGAAUCGGUGGUCGUACUGGAUGCGAGGGAGAUUGCGGCCCACGGUGUUUGGCAAGAUAUGUUCGUUGGGAAUGGGAAUGCAACGGCUCAUGGAGGUUUGGCGAUUGCUACGCCUGGUUCGUUGAAGGGUUACUGGGUGCUGCAUCAGCGGUAUGGGACACUUCCUUGGAGGCGGUUGAUAGAUCCGACGAUUGCGUUGUGCUACAGGGGGCAUAUCGUGAAUCCGUACAUGGCUGAUGCGUUGCAGGACGCGAGAGAAGAUAUUCUUAAUACGCCUUCUCUGAGGGAGAUUUUUCUGGAUCCGGAUACGGGGGAUGUGUGGAAGGAGGGGGAUCGCGUGAGGAGACCGGAUUUUGCUAGUUCGUUGGAAAUUAUAGCUGAGGAAGGUGCCGACGCUUUGUACUCAAAGGAAGGGACACUUCUGCCGAUGCUGAUGCAGGAUUUGAAGGCGUUCGGGAGUCUGAUCACAGAAGAGGAUUUUUACAGUUACGAACCUCGUUGGCUGGCUCCGGUGUCGACGGAACUUCGUGGAAACACGGUCUACAGCGCCGCUCUGCCAGGAGGUGGCACGAUCCUUGUCCAUAUGCUUAAUGUUCUCAGCGGUUACGACCAUCUAGAUUUAGAUGAUCCUAAAACGUGGCAUAGAUUAGUGGAGUCCUUCAAGCAUGCAUACGGAAUACGAACCAGACUUGGAGAUCCAUCUUUUGUCGCAGGAAUUGAGGAACUUAUUCGGAAUCUGACCAGCAAGGAUUACGCUGACUACAUUCGAUCCAAGAUCGAUGAUGAUUGCACUUUCACGGAUUACGAGUUCUACGGGGCAGAUUUCACAACACCGGAAGACCACGGGACGGCUCACGUUUCGGUGCUGGCACCGAACGGGGACGCCGUAUCCGUUACCAGUACCAUCAACGAUUACUUCGGCGCCCAUCUGAUGUCAUCCCAAACGGGGAUCAUUCUCAACGGUGAAAUGGACGAUUUCUCCACGCCGGGUGUAAUCAACAUCUUUGGCGUUCCGGCAUCGCCGGCCAACUACAUCGCUCCGGGGAAACGUCCCCUUUCGUCGAUGUCUCCAACGAUUGUCGUCGAUCGGAACGGGGAUGUUCGGUUAAUCGCCGGCGGGGCCGGAGGAACUCGAAUCACAACCGCCACCCUUCAGCUGGUUUUAAGGCAGGUGGUGUUCGGACAGGAUCUAAAUACGAUGAUGGAGGGACCGAGGGUGCACCAUCAGCUUGCUCCGAUGGAGGUGGAGUUUGAAGGAACUGUGCCCGGGUCCGUUGUUGCCGGUCUUGUUUCCAGGGGGCAUUCGAUGAAGGAGGUACGUCGGGUUGCUACGACGACUGCGGUAGCGCGAAAUAGCGAUGGUCAUGUAGCGGCUUCCUUUGAUCCGAGGAGGCCGGGUAGUGUGGAGAUUGUUGAAGUUUAGGGAUGGUGCUUUAAGUGAUUAGAAUAAUAAUUAGAUUUAAUUAGAAAAUUUUUCAUUUGACAGCGAUUCUCUUUGAGAUUUGUUUUCAAAUCGUGCGUGAGUCACGCACAUGGAUAAAAAAAGUGAUAAACGAAAUAUGUCUGUUGAAAUACACAAGCUAAAUUACCCAACCACAUGGAAGCUAAAGAUAAGAUGAAUCUAGUGACGGUGAUAAUACGGAGAUAUCCCCUAUAAAUCUUCUAAAAAUGUAACAAGAUUAAACAUAAAUUCAACUUGAGGAAAAUACCAUAACAGUUUGUAAAUACGACGUUGAAUUUCGUAGAUUGCAUCAGUAAACAUUGAAAACCGUGACGGUGACAAAUGAUUGCAUAUAAGUCUGGAAUAUUAGCAACACUGCUUUAAGAUUAAUCUGGUUUCUUUCGUUACUCCUUUCAGGAAAAGAAAAGUUUUUGCAAGCAGCUCAGUUAUGGAAUUUGUGUUUCGACUUCGUUUCAUCAGAAUCCGACACUAAUUUAGUGUCAGGACUAAGCUAGCGCCAGAUUAACACUAGCUCCAAAAGUCCCCUGUCACUAAGUUAGUGUCGAAUUCUGAUGAGACGAAGUCGAAACGCAAAUUUUAUAACUAGUUAUAGGUUUUAUGCCCUUAAUGCGCAAAGAUGGAUUUAAACAAUUUUCUCCUAAGAGGAGAACAAAUAAUUUUUACCUAAACCUCCAGAACUAUUUUGUAUAAUUUAAAUUAACUAAUUUGUUAAUGCAUUUUGCUUUUUUCCUGGACUGAGUUGAUCAAACAUAAAAAUCGGAAAAAAAAAUUAAAGGGUUGUGUACAGGACACGACCACGGUGACAUUAAAAAUGUAGCUUUUUUCAAGAGCGUGCAAAUGAAUUUUAUCUAUCACACAUAUCGACUCACGUUCUUGUUCACUCGCCUGUUUUCAUAUGUUAUAAUUUGCUAUAUACCCUCCCCAUCAAAAAAUAAUUUAUUUAUUUUAACGGUAAUCUAUUAAUUAAUCAAGUAUCUCACUAGGUGAUUGGCAUUAUUUGGCUGAUCCAUCUAGUAAAAAUAGGCUGGUCUGUCCAGAAAAUAUAUUCAAAAGAAAAGUUCCAUAUUGAGAGCUGUGAUGAGGAAGCCCACGCCCGCCAACGUUAC